AUGGCGGCAUCCUUCUCAGUGGAGCGGCGGAAGGUGAUGCGCAUGUUGGGUGCCAAGGUUGUCGUGACCCCGGCACCACUGGGCGGCACGGGCAUGGUUCUCAAGGCUGAGGAGCUGGCCGAGAAACACGGCUGGUAUUUGGCGCGCCAGUUUGAGAAUGAGGCCAAUCCUGCCUACCACGCAAAAACCACAGGGCCCGAGAUCCUUGCGGACUUCGAGGGCAAGAGCUUAGACUAUUGGGUCACAGGCUACGGCACCGGCGGCACUUUCCAAGGAGCCGGAAAGGUGCUGAAGGAGGCCCGGCCCGGCAUCAAAAUCAUCCUUUCCGAGCCGAAGGGUGCUGCUUUGAUCACCAGCGGCAUCAAGCAGGAGAGGAAGGAAGUUUUGGGAAAGUUUGGUGCACCAGCGAAGGGGCACCCAGCGUGGAACCCUCAUCCAAUCCAGGGAUGGACACCGAACUUCAUCCCCAAAGUCACAGAGGAUGGUCUAGAGAUGAAGAUCCACGAUGAGGUUUUGACGGUUGACCCUCAGGAAGCUAUGAAGACAUCGCAUGCUCUGGCAAGGAUGGAGGGCAUCUUCUGCGGGACCUCUGGAGGGGCCACGGUGGCCACAGCGCUGGAGGUCGCAGCCAAAGCGCCUGCUGGCUCCACAAUCCUGGCAAUGAUCCCAGAUACGGCCGAGCGAUACCUUUCGACCCCACUUUUCGGGGACAUCGAUGCAGAAAUGAACGAGGAGGAAAUGGAACUUGCAAAGUCCACACCCAGCGCACAGCCGUGA